AUGGGGGUUCCAGCGUUGUUUCGGUGGUUGAGUAAAAAGUACCCAAAAAUCAUAUCGCCAGUCGUCGAGGAGCGACCCGAGGAAUUUGACAACGAUGAUGGCACCAAAACGAAGGUGCCGGUCGAUACUCGCAAGCCAAACCCGAACGGCGAGGAGUUCGACAACCUCUAUCUCGACAUGAACGGCAUUGUUCACCCCUGUUCACACCCGGAGGAUCGGCCGCCACCAGCCAACGAGGAGGAGAUGAUGAUUGCGGUCUUCGAGUACACCGACCGAGUAGUCAACAUGGUGAGGCCACGUAAGCUUCUCAUGAUCGCUGUCGAUGGUGUCGCGCCCAGAGCGAAGAUGAACCAGCAGCGCAGUAGACGGUUCAGAAGCGCGCAAGAGGCCGCUGAGAAGGACAAAGCUACUGCAGAGUUCCACGCGUUGCAGAAGGCCAACGGCCGCAUCACGGACAACGGCGACGGCGAAGAGACUGAAGGGCCAAAGAAGACCUGGGACUCCAAUUCCAUUACACCAGGCACGCCUUUCAUGGAUCUACUCGCUGCUAGUCUGAGGUACUGGGUCAGCUACAAGGCUUCGACAGACCCUGCUUGGGAGAAGCUCAAGGUCAUCAUUUCUGAUGCCACAGUCCCAGGAGAAGGUGAGCACAAGAUUAUGAACUUUGUUCGUUCUCAGCGUAGCUCUCCAGGGCAUGACCCAAACACCAGACAUGUCAUCUAUGGACUCGACGCUGAUCUCAUCAUGUUGGGCAUCGGUACUCACGAACCGCACUUCCGUGUUCUACGUGAAGACGUGUUCGCCAACGAGACGAAGCCAGGGCAUUGCCGAAAGUGCAACCAGCCUGGCCACAUGGCGGCUGAAUGUCGUGGUACAGAGAAAAAGCAGGAAGAGGAAGGCGUGGAGAAGCCACUGAAGCCGUUCAUCUGGCUGCACGUCGGCAUUUUACGGGAGUAUCUGGCUGUUGAGAUGUCCGUGCCCAAUCAGCCAUUCCCCUUCCAGCUUGAGCGAGCCCUUGACGAUUGGGUCUUCAUGUGUUUCUUCGUCGGCAACGACUUCCUGCCACAUCUGCCUUCUCUCGACAUCAGAGAAGACGGAAUCGACACGCUGAUAGCGAUCUGGCGCGACAACAUACCGGUCAUGGGAGGCUACGUGACGAAAGACGGCCAUGUGGACCUUGCUCGUGCGCAGAUCAUCCUCGAUGGCCUGGCGAAGCAGGAAGAUGCCAUCUUCAAGCGCAGGCGUGAAGGAGAGUUGCGGAAGGAGGCUUCGGCUAAGCGCCGCGCCGAGCAGGACGAGCGGAGAGAGAGUGGGAAGCGUAGGCGCUUUGUAAAAGGCAGCGAUGACACUCCCACCGGCUUUGAUGAGAGCGUUGUUCGCAGAGGUACGAGAGGUGGUAUCAUUCGAGGUGAGGCGGCGCCGGACAUCAAUGCGCUGCCGACCUUUGUUCCGGGUGCUGCGCAGACGAAGAGCGACCCACGAUACACCGCCGGCCUGACGCAUGCAGAUAUUGUUGGUGGGAAGGCCAAUCUGGACAAGGCGAAUGCCGACAAUAAGUCUGCUGCCGCAGCGCUCAAGGAGAAGCUUAUGGGCAGCAAGAAGCCGGCCGAUGAGCAGAAGGCUGGUGUGGAUGCACUGUUCGCUAACGGCACCGCCAACGGUGAGAAUGGUGGGCCUGCUCCUGUCCUUGGAAAAAGGACACGAGACAUGAUCGAUGGCGCCGCCGAUGAUGGUGCACUGUCUGAUCCCUCAACGCCGGGACGCAACACACCAAACAAGGAGAUCGCGAAUCCCAUGGGCAACGGCACUUCCGGCGCUCUGGGAGGCAACUCGAAGAAAGAAGAGGCGAUGCCAGAAGACACGGUCAAGCUGUGGGAAGAAGGCUAUCAAGGCCGGUACUACGAGCAGAAGUUUCACGUCUCACCGGACGACUACGAGUUCCGCCAUAAGGUCGCGCGCUCUUACGUCGAAGGUCUAGCUUGGGUGCUACUCUACUAUUUCCAAGGGUGUCCAUCGUGGACGUGGUAUUACCCGUACCACUAUGCGCCUUUUGCUGCAGACUUCCAGGAUCUUGACAAGAUGAAGGUUGAGUUCUCCAAAGGGCAGCCUUUCCGGCCUUACGAGCAGCUCAUGGGUGUUAUGCCUGCUGCCUCCAACCACACCAUCCCAGAGCCUUUCCACCCGCUCAUGACCGAGGAUGACAGCCCGAUCAAGGAGUUCUACCCUGAGGAGUUCGAAGUCGACCUCAACGGCAAGAAGUUCGCAUGGCAAGGUGUUGCCCUCCUCCCAUUCAUCGAUGAGAAGCGCCUGCUCGACGCAAUGGCCACGAAGUAUCCUCUCCUGUCCGACGAUGAGAACCGACGCAACGCUUUUGGCGAAGAAGCCCUCAUCUUCUCCACCAACCACCCACUCUACGCCGACGUCGCACAAAACUUCUACGGCAAGCGCGCCGGCGCACCGAAGUUCAAGCUCCGACCUGAGGUCUCCGAAGCUCUUAUGGGCAAAGUCAGCAAGGCCGAGUCCUACAUCCCAGAGUCCGAGCUCGUAUUCCCUCUCGAAGGCAGCAGCCAAGACGUCUAUACCAACCUCGACGUCGACGGCAGCGUGACCGUCAACUACCACAUGCCGCCCAUCAGCGGCAUCCACAAGAGCAUGCUCAUGCCAGGCGUCAAGUUCAGCGAGCCAGUACUCGACUACAACGACGUCCAAAUGACUCGUGAGCGCGCUAAUCGUAGCGGGCGCAGUCAUGGUGGUGUGCAGUUGAGCCAGAAUGGCGACCGCAGCGAUGGGCGUCGCAUGAACUUCUCAGCGCGCGACAACGGCGGAUAUAACGGCGGAUACAGUGGCAACCACGGCUACGGCGCGAAUGGUGGCUACGGCUCUGGACCGAGCAGCAAUGGCUAUGGUGCUAACAACCAGUUUUCCAACCAAGCUGCGAACGCCUUCGCUGGUUUGCCGCCGCAUCUCGCUCAGCAGGCCGCUGCACAUGGGUUCCCGCCGCCGCCGCAGGGCAUGCCGGCUGGGAUGCCGCCUUUACCGCCUGGGAUGCCGCCGCUUCCACAGGGGAUGCCUCCGCCGAUGCAGAACCGAGGUCAGCAGCAAGGGUAUCAGGGGGGGUAUCACCAGGGCUAUGAUAGGAACGGCGGUGGAGGGUACGAUGGUCGUGGACGAGGAGGUGGCGGAGAAUACGGGGGGGGUUAUCAAGGGUCAAGGGGUGGUUAUGGUGGAGGUGGGAGGAGGUAUUAG